CACUUUCAUCGCCCCCUCCCUCCAAAGCGUUCACCCUCUCACCCUUUUCUUUCCCUGGCCUCUCCUCCUAUCAAUUCACCUUCAUUCACUCCUUCAUCCAUCUCAUCUCUUUCACCUUCAUCCCAUCGCCCAUCCCGCCUUGCUUCCUCGCCACCUUUAUCAACCUCGUCGUCGCCCUCGGUGACUGACCGUGACAAACAUAGUCGCAAGCCUUGCCGUCUGCUUAAAUAUUCAAGCAGGCCUUUGUAUCACUCACUUACCUCUCUCCCCACUCUUGAUCUACUAAACACACAGUAACCAUGGGUCUCAAUUACUAUGCGUCAUCACCUACUGUCGUGCUGCCACCACAGCAGCCCACCAGCUACCUCUCCUCUCACCAGCGCGCCCACUCACCAAGCAACUUCCGUCCAAAGUAUCCCACUCCGCCAUCACUCAACUACCUCGCUGCCGUGUCCAAUGCCACAGCUGGGCGGAAACGGUCCAUCACCGACGUCGACGACCCUGAGGAGAAUUCACCAGAUGGAUCCGUCACGACGCAAUUACCUCCCAAGCCGAAGCCUGAGCCCAUCUAUGGCCCUGGGAUGACCCUCAUCUACCCCGGCGAGCCUGGGUGGAGCAUCUGUGCCGAAUCGCAAACCGGCACAUGGUGCGAAGAGAAGUACGAAACCGAAGAGAAAGCACCUCCUGUCCGACCCAUCGCCGUAUCACGUAAAUCGCAACGAAUGGACUCUGCUACUGAAGUGAACAUCCCAUCGUUGAAUGACAUGGCCGCCGAAGGCAUUAUUGACGAGAAUGGCAACACCAUUAACACUCUCAUCACGUCCCUUGGUGUAGGCUGGAAGAACAUUAUGACCAACCCCAAUCUGCUCGAAGCUUCCCGCGCCUACUCUCGCGUCAUCGAAAACCAUUUCGACCUCACCGAAGCCAUUGUCAUGUUGGAGAAAGAGUCGCUGUCUGCCUACUUUGUCCGCGCCAAACAACACGGUGUCCAAGGAUACUGGCUCUUCUCUGAUAGUCUCCAAUGGUGCCAACUCGUAGGAUGGUCUCUUCAACGAGCUGUCUCAAACCUCAUGUCUGGACCUGUCCCUCGCGUUGAGGGAGAACGCAUCAAUGCUCGUCAACGAACCCCGUCUGAGCCAGCUACGCCUCCAUCUCAGGAUAUCGACAUGUCCGUUACCGUUGUCGAAGACGAUGUGAUGCAAAUGUAACCGCUCCAACUCUUCGUUUCUCUCAAUUCUUAUCUUGCACGAUUUCCUCCUCGGGCUAUGUACGGCAACUCAUCUCUCGGUUUACUUUUGCUUCUGCUCUUCAUCUCGAUUCGGUGUGAUCAUCUGGGAAUUCUUCUUAGGGAACUUGGCGUUUGACGGUGGACACGGAUUCGCUCCCUGGCGGCGGAUUUCAAGUGACUAUGUAUCUUAGUUAUGCUCUCUCCUGCGACAGCUUGAUCGCCCUUCUUCGAUCGCGUCGCUUUGCUCCAUUGCGCACUAAACACAGUAAGCAACAGAACA